GGCUCCGCUUUAGAUGACUCAUGCGCAAGGUCCAAUUUAACACACUCUCUCUCCAACAUAUCGACUGGUAUUACACGAAUAAUGUCACCGGCCAUAAUCCACACCAAACAGUGACAUUUGUGGGAUACAUUGGUAGCUCUUACAAUGCUUCAACUAGUAGUCGAAAUAACAUAUAAAGUUAUUAGUUGAUUUCUAAUGCAAUGCAAUAGUUCAGAAAAUUUAUGGUUUCUACCCAACAACUUUUCAACGUUACUUCAAAAAGAUGUUUGACGUGAAAGAAAAUUCUCGAUCAUCACGUUUCUAGCAACUGACGGCAGCUGAUUUUAAGUUAAAAUGCAUUUAUUCAGAUUGACAAAUAGCUCUUGUUUACGAAGAAUUAUAGCGACACCAAGCUGUAAAAUAAAUUGAUUCAAUUUAUCUGCUACCGCUUGUUUACUACUGUGUCACUAACUAGGCGUAAUUGUGUUUGAAAUUUCUAUACGUGCUUGCCACACACCGCGCGAUUCAGAACAAAAACGUAGUGUGUAUCCAGUCAGAGUUGUUGUCUAUCAGUUUGAAUGAGUGGCUCGUACCUCACCAGUCAAAGAAUUCUGAACUUUUGACCUUAGUACUUUAUUUGAUCACCAUCAUCUAUCGUGUCAAACUUGUGACGGUUGCGACAGAAAUCUCAAUGAAACUCUCUCUAUAUGACAAAUUGGUAUGAUCAAAGGGUAACCGACGAAACUCGUUUACUUCGACGCCACGACGAUAUCAUUUAUCUUUCUUCACGUCAUUUAGUAGAAGUGUUGCCAGUACUGUUACUUACUGCCGAUGUAAACGAACGAGUUUCUGAUAUUGGAACAUAAAGUUGUUUAAAUUUUCAGAUGGCACACUGUAUCGUGAAAAACCCGUCGGGAAAUUUUCGUCCGUUCCUUGACUAAUGUAAAAAUAAAACCGAAGAGACAUCUUUCAAUAAAUGUGAGCAAAUAGAAUAACUGAAGACUUUGAGAACAAUUGUAAAAAAUGGAAAUGAUUCUGGCUAAAAUGAUAAAAUGUCAUGUAGAAUAUAAUAUACAAUAAUUAAAAAUAAAAACUAAAAGCUCUCGAAUGCUAACCCUGAAAUCCGUGACUAUGAUCGGCCGCUACAUUUUAUAUGACAUACUGCUGUGUUGUAAUGGAAUUGAAUCAAACAAGCCAAUUUAAAUUGCUCUGUCCGUCCGCAUGAACGACGUGAUAGAUGUCUGAAAAAUCUACAUCCCGAUUUCAGUAGUACAUCAACCCGCGCUCGGAACGGCUGGAAUUGAAACAUACGUACUUGAUAGAAACGGAAAACGAGAGGAAAACUUCGCCAAAAAGCAGCUGAAGGAAAAUCGAUAAUAUCGUUCCCGAUGUGACCUUUCACACGCUCGGGAAAGCUUUUCGCGAAAGGAACAAUUGAUUCUGUUGGAGUUGAAUUCUGCACGUGCAAUCACACUAUCAGCAAACAUCUGAUUCGUUCGGCGGAAGAAAGUGCUCUCGGUCAUUUGCACUUGGACAAUCACAGUCCGUUUGGAGAAUUUGUGCAGUUGAUAAAUUUGAAUGAAACCGUGGUGACCGACAUCGUGAAUUGAGGAACAAUAGAUAAUAACUAUUUAGGAGAAGGCUGGCCUGUGAAAGUAAGCUGCUCUUGAAAAUGGGCGUGAAUGAUAGCGAUAAUGAUGAGCUUACAUCAUCGACAUCGAAGAUGAAUUUGCAGAUGCUGCAGAAGAUUUUCGAGAAAACCGAUCCGGAUCUAAUCAUCGAUACGUAUGAAGAAGCGAAAGGCUCGGGCCGAGGGGACAACUAUACCGCUGCUCUCUUCCGGUUGUCGCUGCGAGGUCAUACACGUGCCAACGAUUCCAAAAAGAAGCUGCGCUGGGAGCAAACGGUAAUUUGCAAGCGACUUCCAGAUUGCAGAAUCAAGCGGGAAGCAUUCAAAAGUGAAGCCUUGUUUCGCAAUGAGGUUGCAUUCUACAACGCGAUAAUGCCGGAGCUGGUGGCGUUCCAGAAACGCAAAAGUAACCACAGUUCGGAGAUUUUCCUAGCGGUUCCGCAAUGCUUCCUGGCCCAGAACGAUCUGGUUAUGCUGGAGGAUUUGUGUGUUCGUCGGUUCACUAUGCCCGAUCGACAGGCCGGACUUGGACAUGAACAGAUGAAGGCUACCCUCGAAGAGCUGUCCAAGUACCACGCGGCCAGUCUUGCUUAUAAACUGCAGUGUCCAAACGAGUUUAAAAAACUGACGGCCAAAAUUUCCGAAGGAAUGUUUUCCAAGGCCAAUGCCGAAUGGUACAAGAAUUAUUAUGAAAUUUUGACGAAAAACGCAAUUCAGAUGGUGUCCCAAACGAUUCCAGGAAAGGUGGAAUAUUUGGAUAAACUAGAAAACUUUUUGGCCAACUGUUUCGGUAAUAUGGUGGAACUGGUAAGCAGAGAAAGUAAACUCGCUGUAAUUUGUCAUGGCGACUGUUGGACUAACAACAUUCUGUUCAAGUACGAUGAAAAUGGAACAAUUACCGAGACUUGCUUCGUCGACUUCCAAAUGAUUCGAUAUGGAUCGUUUGCUUUGGAUCUUGCGUACCUAAUCUACUGCUGUACGGAUGCUGCGCUACGCAAAGCACAUCUUCAGAAUUGGCUUCAAUCCUACCAUCAGCAAUUGGUUAAAUCUCUGAAAUUACUUGGUUCGUUGCAGGAUGUGUGCACAAAUGAGGCGGACUUGUUCCGUCAAAUACAAGAGGAAUUUAAAAACUGUGCCCGUUUCGGACUUGGUGCGGCAAUGGACAUGCUUCCGAUCAGUACGUGCUCAUCCGAGGAGGCACCCGAUUUGUAUUCGAGUGGAUCGGAUAUGGCCGCGACCCCACCGGAGUUGAACGUUCCGCCGAACGAGGUUUGCCGAAGAAAAAUGACUGAUAUUGUGCUGGAGUUGGUCGAUGGCGGUAUGCUCUAAGUAUCGAUAGCAGUAUUCAACGAGUUAGACUUGUAGAUUGUUACUGUAGGCUGAGAAAAAAAAACUUUUCUGAUGCAUAAUUUAAUGUUUUCAUGUGAUAGAAUAAUAAAAUUUAGCCUUAAACAAA